CCUGGGCUUCYAAUCCCUCUGUGCUGCACGRCAAUUCGACAGUAUAUUCGCCGCUYGAGAGACGGAACCAGGGGGACACGUUGUAGACCUCCAAAACYAUUUUACGGUGAUGCGUUAGCGACAGUAGGGUAGAUGAGAGUUGGGAUCACUCAAACCACGAGAACGCGAAAUUAAACCGCAGUUAAUGUCAUGUUUGGAAGUUUGACAGAUCUCGUAAAACAGAGUAUAUUCUUUGAAUGUUAUUGUAAUUCUGGGGUUGACAUACAGUAGGAGUGGGAGUUUCUGUAAUCGCAUGUCCCCCUUAUCCAAUGGACACGCAUUUGGAGACCCCUGGUACACCAAGUAGACCUAUGAAAUUACUUCUGUAAUGUGGAUUGCAAUUUUAUUUGAAAAAAAUAAAGGUCUACUUCAGAACAAUGUGAGAAGAUACGCGUCCUGGAUUUUCAUGUUUCUGGAUAUCUUGAAAAUUAUUGGCAACAGCUGAAAGUCGCUAUGCUCAAGGGAUUUCUGCUCAGGUGUCUUGCCUGCUCCGACAGUGGGACCAAAAUGGAUUUGACGCCACUGCAACCCCCCGUCCCCCAUUAACAGAAAUUCUAACAGUUCUUACACGUUGUUAUUAAACUACGGUUUUAAAUUUGACAAAUGCUUUGGAAGAAAUCGCAAGACGACCSGCAUGGAUUUUAAAUCGACAUUUGCAUUUGGAAUUUCAAUCAUGAACUUUGUUGACAGUUUGAUAACCUUAUUUCUCCUGACGCUUCUGUAUUUGUCAGCUGUCAAGAGUGCCCACAUACCGAAAGAAGGAUGGAGGAUUUCGCAUGACGGCGCCCCAGGCUACAAUGUUUUUAGUGCUUCAGUGCAGAAGGUACCAAGCUUUGUGGGGCUGAGAGAGGGAUUGAAAGAGGGAGUCAGUACAGAAGCAUACCAGAGCCACAGUGAGAGAGGAAAUGAGAGAGACACCUUGAUGGUGAUAUCCUUCAUGGAGGUGUACAAUAAGAGCCUAUGUCAGCCCAGGGAGCUGCUGGUAGAGAUCGCACAGGAGUACCCAGAGGAGGUAGAACAUAUCUUCAUCCCAUCCUGUGUGGUGCUGACGCGCUGCGCAGGCUGCUGCAACGAUGAGAUGCUAGAGUGCACGCCAACCUCCACGCAUAACAUGACCAUGGAGAACACAGUGCAUGUGAAUGCAGGCCAAAGAAAGAAGUGAAAGAACAGAGACAAAAAAAACCCCGGAAAGGCAAGGGCAAAGGCCAAAAGAGAAAGCGAAAGAAAAACCAUGACCAAAAGAAUCGUGAAGCUCAGUGCGAGCCAUGUUGUGAUGGCUGUUCAGAGAGGAGGAAGCAGGGGUUCAUCCAGGACCCUCUGACCUGCCAGUGUUCCUGCAGAAACUCCAAUGCCCACUGCCGGGCGCGUUACCUGGAGCUCAACGAGAGGACCUGCAGAUGUGACAAACCAAGAAGAUGAGAGGCCAAACUUCAGAUGAAAUGACAUGAUGGAAUAUUCACAAGAUGUUUCACAGCUCAGCACUUUGAACUUUAAACUCUAAGCUCAUUUUCUCUGUGGAAAGCAUUCCUCUGGACUGACUGAGAAACAGCAGAGAGAGAAAGAGAAAGAGAAAGAAAAUGAACAGACAGAAAAAUCAUCCCAAUGUAGAUCUGUAUAUACUAAAGUAUAUACUAAAAGUACAGAAUUUUUAUUGCUGCUAAAAGAAAACUAACUAAAACCCAUCAUUAUAAAAAAGCAAACAGCUGUGUGGUUUUGUAUUUCACUGGCGUGUGACCGGACUGCAGUUUUGUUGUAAUUUCAUUUAUGCAAAUUCUUCACUGGAUAUAUAUGAGGGGUUAUGUGUCGAAUCAGAAACAACAACCUAGCUAUGUGAUACAUAUAUCAGCAGAAAAGAGGAGGAAGAGAAGAAGGGAGAACAUUCUUGGAGGGAUGGAAAGUACUGACCCAUAGACUCCCGUUGCAGGAACCCAAUUGCAAUGGCAGGACAGGCAAUGGGAAAACGGGGAUCUGUCCCUUUGUGACAAUUUCUUUUACCUGAAAGCAAGUUCUAGAACUGAUGCGUAGAACUUGUGGAAUGCUAGAACUGUCUUUUGCUGCCCUUUCUAGCAGUGGAACUGGAUUUGGAGUGCCAUUAAUACUUCUAAAGGGAUACUGAUGAUUGAUUUUGGUAUACAUGGAAACCUCUAGAAACAACUGAUACUGUAGCUUGAUUCCAUUGAGAAACUGUGCCUCACAAACUGUGCUGAUCACUUCAGAGUGAGAAAUCCUGAAUCUGCUUCUUAAAUUAUUAUAUUUUUUUCGGAGGGGAGGGGGAUGGUACGCUGUCUGCGGUUGAACUCAAUACAGAAUGCAAUAGUAUCGAUGGCAAGCUGUCUGUCUGUAUAUAUACUAUACAUACUUAAUAUCCCUUAUGUCAUUGUUCACUAUAGAUAAUUUAUAAUGUUAGAGUAUUUUCAGUAUUCAGUCCUCUACCCGUAUUUAAUUUGAUCUAUUUAUAUAUACAGUGUUAUGUUCUUUUGGGUUUCCCCCCUCCCCGCUAUGUGAUGUCAUUAUCGUCUCCUCUCUGCCUAGCUACAAGGAGACACUGCUCUUGGCUUUUAUAAGAAAGGAAAAUCUUUAUGUAAACAUUCCUCAAAUGGAUCAUUUGUAUGGACGGCCUUUUUAAGGUGGGGGUGCUGCGUGUGAUUUUCACCCUGCUCGUGUGUGCGUGUGUGUGAGUGUGAGUGUGAGUGUGUGUGUGUGGGGGGGGGGGGGGGGGGGGGGUUUAGAGGCAGAGUAGGCUUAUGCUUGUCUUGAGCUCCACCACGCAAAUAACAAUAAACCCUUGCUAAAAGAAAGCUCGGCCUACCAAGUCAA